AUGGGAGCUUGGACGCUGCUUGCUGUGAUGGUUCUCUACACGAGUUGUAUUUUACAGUCUGCAUCCACUUGGACGGUGAAUAAUUUCCUCAUGACUGGACCAAAGGCUUUUCUUACCUAUGCUGGCAGCGUGCAAGUGGGUGCACAAAGUGGAAUACAAGAGUGCAAACACCAGUUUACUUGGGACAGAUGGAACUGUCCACAGAGUACGCUUCAGCUAUCCACACAUAACGGCCAUCGAAGUGCUACAAGAGAGACAUCCUUUGUCCAUGCCAUCAGUGCUGCAGGAGUGAUGUAUACACUCACUAAGAACUGUAGCAUGGGAGACUUCGACAACUGCGGUUGUGAUGACUCCAAAAUAGGACAGUCAGGUGGCAGAGGGUGGAUUUGGGGAGGCUGCAGUGAUAAUGUGGCAUUUGGAGAGAAGAUUUCCAAACUGUUUGUGGACGCAUUGGAAGAUGGUCAUGACUCUCGUGCUGCGGUCAACCUGCAUAACAACGAGGCUGGGAGACUAGCAAUUAAAGCUACAAUGAGGCGAGCCUGCAAGUGCCAUGGUGUGUCUGGAAGCUGCAGCAUCCAAACAUGUUGGAUGCAGCUGGCCGACUUCAGAGAGGUGGGCACCUAUCUGAAAAUUAAGCAUUCCCAAGCCAGGAAGCUGGAAGUGGACAAGAGGCCGAUGAGGGCUGGCAACAGCGCAGACAACAGAGGCGCCAUUAAACACGCCUUCCGCAACAUCCCGCAGACGGAGCUCAUUUUCUUUGAGGAGUCCCCGGACUACUGCGUCAAGAACCAGAGUUUAGGUUUCAAGGGCUCCGAGGGACGAGAGUGCCUGAAGGGGGACAAGAGUUUGCCGCAGUGGGAAAGAAAGAGCUGUCGCAGGCUGUGCUACGAAUGCGGCCUCCGAGUGUUGGAGAAGCACACUGAAGUUGUCAGCAGCUGCAACUGCAAAUUCCACUGGUGUUGCACGGUUAAAUGUGACAAAUGCACAGAGGUUGUUACGAAAUACUACUGUGCACGCAGAGGCAGUGCCAGAAAAACACACAACAAAGCAAAACGAAAGCACCGUGCGCGUGGACACUGA